AUGUUAUCACGCCCCCGCUCACGACCUGCGAAACGUUCCCGUUACAACGAAUUUGCCCUCCAGGCCGACCUCAUCGAGAAGGACGGUUUUCCUGUUGACAACCCUUGUGAACGCUGCGCCCUUGGUAACUUUCCUUGCGUGAUGGAUUCGAAGAGUACGAACUGCGCUGCGUGCACUCGUCGUGGUCGGAAAUGCGAAAAGCGUUUUCAUGGCGCGCGCGAUGUGGAAAAAGUGAUUCGAGAUGACGAGAAAUACGCGGCCGAGCUUGAGGCCGCCGAAGCCGAGUUAGAACGAGUGAUGGCGAAGAUAAAGCGUCUUCGCAAGAUGAAGAAGUUCAAUAAAGAGCGUAUGGGUGACAUUAUUUCCCAUAAUGGUGCCUUGCUGGAUCGGUUGGAUGAAGAGGAUCCUCUAACCGCCGAGGAUCUCCGUGAACUUGAGCGCCUAGCUGAUGAACAUGAUGCUGCGGUCGCUCAGCUGGCUGCGACGUCAGACAACCCUAGUCUGACUCAGAUGAUUGGCUCCCCGUCGUCGCCGUUCUGGCAGAACGUCGACUUUUCGACUUUCGAAGUCCCUGGUGGUUCCCAUGUGUUUUCCGAGUCUAGGAUUUUCUCGACUUCGUAUUCCUGUUCUCCUUCGUCUUCAAUUUCCACGUUCUCAGCGAGUUUGGCCUGUAGGCGUUUUGAUGUUUCUGCGGAGCAGGAACACUUUCUCCCCCCUUUUUAA